AAAUAUCCGAAAAAUUCAGUAACAAGUCCAAACCAAAGCUAACAAGUUUCUGAUGAGCGCCCUUUCUGAUCCAACUAUAACUAUAGUGUAGAAAGCCAUGGCUUCAGUUGCCAUAGGUGGAGUUGUACUCCACAGCCACAGCCACUCUUCAUUUCUGGGCAACAAACUCAAGCUGAAGCCUUUAUCUUUGUUGAAGAAGCUACCCAGAAAGUUGAUAAUUUACGCUCAUGGAGGUGAAAUGUUUAGGUUUGCACAUGAUGUUUUUGUUGGAGUUGGGGUAGGACUACCCUGUACAGUAAUGGAGUGUGGUGAUAUAAUAUACAGAAGCACACUGCCAAAGUCAAAUGGGAUCACAGUGACUGUUCCUGGUGUUAUUUUGGCAUUGGGUACCCUGUCUUACCUCUGGGCUACUCCUGGUGUGGCCCCUGGUUUCUUCGAUAUGUUUGUUCUUGCCUUUGUUGAAAGAUUGUUUAGACCUACUUAUAAGAAGGAUGAUAUCGUGUUGGGGAAGAAAUUGGGUGAGGGAUCUUUUGGUGCUGUUUAUAGAGUUUCUUUGGCCAAAAAGCCAUCGUCAAAGGGUGGUGAUUUCGUCUUAAAAAAAGCAACUGAAUAUGGAGCAGUGGAAAUAUGGAUGAAUGAGCGAGUGCGAAGAGCUUGUGCAAACAGUUGUGCUGAUUUUCUCUAUGGGUUUCUAGAGAAUUCUUCAAAGAAAGGAGCAGAGUAUUGGCUCCUUUGGCGUUUCGAAGGGGAAGCUACACUUACUGAUUUGAUGCAGAGUAGAGAGUUUCCCUACAAUGUAGGUACUUUCUUUAUCAUGAUAUUCCAUUUUCUUGUUAGCUUAGGGUUUUCUCCAUCUUUAACAGCUUUUAUAUGUAGGUCGAAUACACAUUGUCUCUGGGCUUAUAUCAUUAUGAUUGAGGUGAACGGCUAUUUGUUUCCCAAGGUCUUUGGAGAAUUUGGUUUACUUGUUUAUCUAAUUGUCUGUCUUUUUCGGUCAAGAUACGCUGCACCAGAGCAAUAUAUUAUGAGUACACAAACCCCUUCUGCACCAUCUGCUCCAGUUGCAACUGCACUUUCCCCAGUUCUAUGGCAGCUGAAUCUCCCAGAUAGAUUUGACAUCUACAGUGUCGGUCUCAUAUUCCUGCAAAUGGCAUUCCCAGGAUUACGCAGUGAUAGUAGUCUCAUUCAAUUCAACCGACAGCUGAAGAGAUGCGACUACGAUUUGGUUUCAUGGAGACAGACUGUAGAGCCUCGUGCUAGCCCUGAACUUAGGAAAGGCUUCGAGUUGUUAGAUUUGGAUGGUGGAAUAGGGUGGGAGCUAUUAGCAUCUAUGGUUCGUUUCAAAGCACGUCAAAGAAUUAGUGCAAAGACAGCUUUAGCUCAUCCUUACUUUGAUAGAGAAGGUCUAUUGGCCCUGUCCUUCAUUCAGAACCUAAAGCUGCAAUUCUUCCGGGCUACACAACAAGACUAUAGUGAAGCUGCAAACUGGAUUGUUCAAUUAAUGGCAAAAUCAGGAACAGAACAAGAUGGCGGCUUCACUGAAGCGCAACUUCAGGACCUCAGGGAUAUAGAGCCUAAGAAUAAGUCAAGCACGCAGAGGAAUGCCCUUGCAUCAGCUCUUCGGCUUCAAAGGAAAAUUUUAAGAACCCUGAAUGAGAGUAUCGAUGAGCUUAGCAGACAAAAGAAAAGUUUAUGGUGGAGCAGAUGGAUUCCUAGAGAGGAGUGAAAAUCAGUAAAUAUGUACAAAAUAGUUUUAGUACUUUUUCUAUGGAGCUUACGAGUUUUCAUUCUCAUUUGAAAAUGUAAAACAAUUUUUAAAUUAGAGUUUAUGUACAAAAAGUGAAAGUAUCUUAUACAGAUAUAUACACUUGCUUUAUUA